GUUGAGGAAGCGACCCCCCCUCUCCCCUUGCUGCGUGUGUACCGGAAGCGGCGGCGGGCGGGCGUUUCCGGUGGUUGGGCCGGAUGUUGGUGAUCGGCGGAAGUGGGGCAGUGGCGGCGCUGAUCGGCAGAAGGUUCUCGCUUCGUCAGAUAACAAUAUCUAGUCACCAUGUCGAGCAAAAAAGCCAAGGGGAAGACCACCAAGAAGCGCCCUCAGCGCGCAACUUCCAAUGUAUUUGCGAUGUUUGAUCAGUCACAGAUCCAAGAAUUUAAAGAGGCCUUCAACAUGAUUGAUCAGAAUCGUGAUGGUUUUAUCGAUAAGGAGGAUUUGCAUGACAUGUUGGCUUCACUUGGGAAGAACCCAACAGAAGACUACCUAGAGGCAAUGAUGAAUGAAGCCCCAGGGCCCAUUAACUUCACCAUGUUCUUGACAAUGUUUGGUGAAAAGUUGAAUGGUACAGAUCCUGAAGAUGUAAUCAGAAAUGCCUUUGCAUGCUUUGAUGAAGAAGGAACAGGCUAUAUCCAGGAAGACUACUUGCGAGAUCUGCUGACAACAAUGGGGGAUCGGUUUACUGAAGACGAAGUUGAUGAACUUUUCCGUGAAGCACCAAUAGAUAGCAAGAGCAACUUCAACUAUAUUGAGUUUACCCGCAUACUUAAACAUGGUGCGAAGGACAAAGAUGACUAAAGAAAUGUAAUCCUCCUUUUCUUUCUUUUACUUGGCAAAAUGUACAACUAUUGGAACAUAUUGCAUGCUUUCCAAAAUACUGCUUUUUUCAUAUUUAUAUUUUUCCAGUCAUGUUGGCACACUUUGCACAUAUUUGGAGUAAGUGCAAAAUAAGUGGCAGGGAACAAAGUAUAGAAAUAGAUCACAAAUGUAAUGCCUUGUCUGAAUUCCUGAUACAGUUUGUUUUUUAAACUAAAAUCUUUUUAAAUUGUCAUCUUAAUGUGUGGCUUGCAGUACAAUAGGAAGGAAAAAUGUACCACAGUCAGUAUAUAAUCUGAUCCAAAUGUUCAGUUUAAAAAUAAUUACUCUUGGGCUAACGUAAUAAGAGGUCUGCUUUUGUACUGGAGAUCGUGGUGAUAGCACUCAAUAUGCAAGUUUGAAUACGAAUUGUCUUUUUGUUUGGAUGUUUAUUCUUGAAGCUAAAUUUGCUGAAAAAUAUUCAUCUAAUCAGUCUGGUAUUUUGCAAUUGUUAAUUACUGUAAAGGGUAUAAAGAGUGGUAACUAUAUCUCUCGGUAUUAUGAAAAAUUUAUCCAAAGGACAAUACUUCAAUUGAAUGUUUAGAUUGUAUUCAUUUUUUUCUGUUCAUUUUUUCUGUUCUAUCUUAAGUAGCACCAAGUGUCCUGAGUGACUGCAGAUUGGUGUGGAACUGUUCUGCCUUAUUCUUGAUUGUACUUCCAGUUCAGUUUUGAGUGUCCUUGUUGUUGAAGGUCUGACUUGAAAAUAAAAGAGAAAAAGUACUAAA